AUGGCGUGCACUGCAGCAGCUGUGGUCCAAACCCCGCUGAACGUCUUAGCAGCAGAGGGGGAAGAUGCUCCUCUCAGCUGCCAGCUCCUGGAAACUAAAGAUGUCCAGCAGGUCACCUGGCAGAAGGUAUUUGGGAGGAAAGAGAGGAAUAUCUGCUCCUACAGCGAGUAUUUUGGUCAAACAGUGAAUCCUGACUUUAAAGAUAAAGUCCAGUUUACAGAAGCUGGACUGAAGAAUUCCUCCAUAGUUAUCAGGAAUGUUACAGAGCAGGAUGAAGGAUGUUAUCUCUGUUUGUUCAACAUCUACCCUGAUGGAGCUCUGAUAGGGAGAACCUGCCUGAAGGCUUAUGAGAUGCAUGAACCCAUCCUUGAUGUCAGCAGAUCAAAGCCUCCUGCAGAGUCAGUUGUGUCCUGUUCAGCCACAGGUCGACCUGCUCCCACUGUAACACUGACUGUUCUACAGCAGAACCUCAGCUUCUCCCACUACAACACCAGCAGUGUGACCCACAGCAACGGUACAGUCACCGUCACCACCACAGCUCUGCUGUCAGCUUCCUGCAGCACACAGGUUGGAUGUUCAGUGUCAGUGCUCUCUGCUGCUCCCAGAGAGAAGCUGAUCACCGUUCCUGGAGUUAAAGGAACAUCUGAUGAUGGUCAAAGUGCAUCAUCUUAUAGUAAAACUCUAAUCAUCAUCAUCAUACCUCUAAUAGUUGUGUCGGUCUGCAUCUUUAUUAUUUCGCUCAUUAUACUGUUUGUCAAACAGCGAAAGAAAAACAGUGACCCUGAAUGGAACAAAACACCAGUUAAAUUAUUACAAGACACAAAUGGGAUGCAAACACCUUCAAUAAGGUUGGAGAAUCAGGCCAGACUGCGAAGCGCUGCCAAAGGAAGCAAAAGGAAACGUCCAGAAUCCUCACCUUCAGAGGCUGAAGGACAUGUUGAGGACACUGUUUUUACUACUCUCACAUUUUGACAUGAAAAAAAUUGAGCUGUUCUGUAUUAGAUUGUCUGCUGAAAUUGGCUGAAACUGUAAAACAAUUGAUUUUAGGUGUGGUUGCAUAAUUGCAACUGAAAUAAAGUGAAAAAUGUUCACAAUCCUGAUUAAAAGAAAAACAAUUUAGAUCUUUUAUAUGGGUUAUAUUUCAGUUAGAUUUAUAAUUGAUGUAUCUUUGAAUCCAGCAAGAGUAUUUUUUAAUCCCAAUAGUUUAAGGAAUGAACAUUUAAUGUUAACACUUUAGAAAAAGAAAACUUCAAACAGGAUGAAACAAAGAGGAUGACCUCUCAAUGACCAGGGAGAACCAAAUAAUGAAUUUAUGAUUAAUAUGAACUCAAACAUGAUUAUUUCAACCAAAAUUAUUUUAUUUAGUGUCAUUAUUGUUGCAAGAAUUACAGCUGAAUUAAAUAAGAUAACAAUCCUGAUAAUAAGUAAAGUUAGAUCUUUUAUAUAGGAAACAUUUCCGUUAGAUUUACAUAUCUGUACAUGCAGCUAUAGUAUUUUUUCUAAGCAUUUUGAUAAAUGACCAUUUAUUGUUUACACUUUAAGGAAAGAAAACUGUUUUUAUUUUAUUAAAUUAUUUUAUUUUGUUUCAUUACUUGUCUUUAAUGUGUACCAUUCCUUGUUGCAGCUAAUACACAAAAAGUUUCCCGAUUUUUUCAGUGUUAACAAGUAUCUCAUCUGUGCCUAUAUUUUAUGGUUUAGAAAUAUGUAAAAGCUACAUUUUUUAUUUUAACAUCUAAAAACAGCAUAUUUAUAUACCAUCAAAGAAGAGGGGCUCAGCAUAUU